GGGGUGGGGGAGACGGGACAGAGCAGGGGAGGAGGUGAGGCAAUUCUGCAGUGAGGGGCAGUCUGGCCGGCUCUUCCUCCCCAAACCGGCCCAAUGACCUUGCUGCCUCGCUGACCACUCCCCUGGGCUGGCCUCCCGCACUCACAAACAGCCGGCCGCCCGGCUCAGCCUGUGUUCCUGCAGCCGGCUGGGUGCUGCUCCUUCUCGGCGGGAAAGGCCUCUUGGAAGAGCCAGAAAGGGCCAGACCUGAGUUUCCAACAGUUGCCCAAGUGUCUCCCCACCUGGCACCCUCAGCAGGCUCGGGCUGCACUCGUCCUCUCUCCCUUCUUCUCAGGACCUGGUGCCGAGCCGCCAUGCUGGCGCUGCUGUGUGCCUGCCUGCUCCUGGCGGCCAGGGCCUCGGUCGCCGGCACGGACGCGGACCUGGACCUGGGGGAGCAGAUCCGAGACAUGCACGCCAAAGUGACGGACAUCUGGCAGGAGGUCACGCGGCGCAAGGAGGACGGCGACGCCCCGCUCUACGCCGCCUGCCGCGUGCAGCCGUGGGCCUCGGCGGACGCCGCGCAGCCGCGCGUCACCGGCCUGGUCCUCUUCCGGCAGCUGGACCCCGGCGCCAGGCUCGAGGCCUUCUUCGACCUGGCGGGCUUCCCGGCCGAGCCCAGCAACUCCAGCCGCGCCAUCCACGUGCACCAGUUCGGGGACCUGAGCCAGGGCUGUGAGUCCACCGGGCCCCACUACAACCCGCUGGCCGUGCCGCACCCGCAGCACCCGGGCGACUUCGGCAACUUCGCCGUGCGCGACGGCCGCCUCUGGAAGCACCGCGCCAACCUGGCCGCGUCGCUCGCGGGCCCGCACUCCAUCGUGGGCCGCGCCGUGGUGGUCCACGCCGGCGUGGACGACCUGGGCCGCGGCGGCAACCAGGCCAGCGUGGAGAACGGCAACGCGGGCCGCCGGCUGGCCUGCUGCGUGGUGGGCCUGAGCGGGCCCGCGCCCUGGGCGCAAAAGGAGCGGGAGAACGCCGAGCGCAAGAAGCGGCGGCGCGACAGCGAGUGCACGGCCGCCUGAGCACCCCGCGGGCUCCCGGGCCCCCACCCGCCCCUGAGUUCUCCCUCCGCUCCCAGAGACACCCACCCCGACGUCUCGCCUUCACCAUGGCUGAGCUCUCCCCCACAAACCCUCUCCACUCGAGGUCUCCCUGAGUGUGCUGAGACACCCGCCCUUCCCUUCCAUCCUGAGGGCUGCUCAGGCCCUCCUAGCUCCGCGUCCGGUAGCCCUGAGGGCCUCCAGUUGUACUGAAAUACCCCGUGCACCCCAGGGUCUCCUGGACCCCCAUCCCCACCCUAUGAGCCCUGAGACCUCCCUGUGCCCUGACGACCUCCCCUUUCCCCUUCCUUCACGUCCCUCCUAGGCACUCUGAGACCCCUCCUGAGGUCGCCUAGGGUCCCCCUGUCCCCGCUCACCACUGCCCCUGAGGCCAGCUAGCCACUGCAGUCCGAAGUCAGCCCCCUGCCCCCACCCGGCAUCUUCAGCUGUGUCCCAUCCGCCGCCACUCCAGGGAAAGCUGUUCUUUUGGGGGAUGUUUGGCGAUCUUUGUGUUGCACAUUAAAAACUCCAAUUCAGUACCGCA